AAUUUUCAUUUCUGCUAACGAAAACCAAUUUGUAUAAAAUACCGCCCGAUUUCCAUUUCAAAAAUUUGCCCAUUCACCUUUUCUCUCCGGAGCUCCUUCUUCAUCUGAACUCACAGAUCCACACACACACCACAGAGUAGAAAAAAGCCAUUCCCCAUUGUUAUUCUAGUCAGCAUCGCCGUUGCCGGAGACCCUUUUAAUUCCACGAAGUGUAACCGCCCCCCCCCCCCAGAAAGUUAUUCUAAGGUAUUCAAUACAAUGCCUGAGGCAAGAGAUCGGUUGUUGAGGCAAGAUGACAUUGUGGCAGCUUAUAGUCGGAGGCGAAUUUCAAGCACUGGCAGUAGGAAUACUGGGAGGGGUAGUUCGAUAAUGUUUGUUCUAGAUGAUGAAAAUGAAGAGGGUCAGGUUGCUGGAACUCCAUUCCGGUGGAGGGGUGCAGCGAUGGUGGGUACACCUGGACCAAUGGGAGUGGCUGCAGGAAGAGUUGCUGUUGGAACUCCAAGAACUGGGCUCACUGCACGAAUUAUAGGCCGUGAAAACUUGUCACCUUUGGUGGGAAGUGGCCGGGGUCGUGGUAGUGGCAAUGGCCGUGGAAGUGCGCUACCCACUUGGUAUCCAAGAAGGCCUCUCAAUGAGAUUACUGCUGUAGUAAGGGCAAUUGAAAGAAGAAGAGAGCGUCGGAGAGGCGGUGAAGGCCUACAAACAGAGAGUCCUAUUCUCCAGGACCAGACAUUUCAUAAUCCUUCUGUAUCAACAUCAGGUGCUCAGCUUGAGCACGAUAUUUCUAUGAUUUCCCCACGUCCCACAAUCUUAAACAGGCGCUGUCCACCAACCAUUGGUAAAGUGCCAAAGAUAUUGCUUAAUAUCACCCAUCAUAGCGAUGGAGAUUCAGCUUGUUUGACACCGCAGAAGAAGCUCCUAGACAACAUUGACACAGUAGAAAAGGUGGUGAUGGAGGAGCUUCGGAAGCUGAAGAGGACCCCCUCUGCAAGAAAGGCAGAAAGGGAAAAAAGGGUACGUACAUUGAAGUCAAUGCGCUAAUCUUGAUUGUCUCUGUUGGUAAUGUGCAUCUUGUCCUCAAUCAAGGUUGAGAUUAUAGAAUUUCUGGGAUGCUGAAGGAUUUUGAACAUUUCUGAUCUGAGGUUGUAUGGAUGAUCAUCUAUUGAUGAUCGAACUCUCACUUAUAUUGAUCAUCUCUUGAUGACAAAUCGUCUGCCUGCAUAUUUUCUAGUAAGGAUGAGUGGGCAGAAGUAGAGUUGAUGACAUUUGAUUGAUAGUGUUGUUUUAGUACAAUUGUUUACUCCAGUCUACUCAUUACAUAUGAAUCUGAUCUUAAAGCAGCUGUAAAUAAAGACUCUUGAGUUUCAUUUUUGCUUGAAUCUUACAGUUUGUGCAAGAA